GACCCCGUCCCUUUCAGGCCUCUCUGGCCCGGGGAGCGCCCUGGUCUCUAUGGUCCAUCCGGCCUGGAAGCGAGGCUCGGGGGCCACGAGUGUAGCAACUGGCCACACCAUUGAUGGGGUCGACCCCUCGCUGGGGAACUGUGUCUGUAGGGGACCCCUACGGUCCCCUGGAGGCCGGCCUCAUCUCUAACCAUCCCAUACACAGGGCCUUGCAUGGGUCGAUGAGGCCCUGCCCUCGGCGUCCAGGGUCCACCGGCGGCCGCGGGGGCUGCGAGGCCAUGCCGCGGCUCCCUUAGGGGUCGUCUGUGCGAGGCCCUCAGCCCCGGGGAGAGGGUCCCCCCCCAGACGGGUCUUCAAGGCCCUGUCCCGCAGAGAGACGCUGCGAUGGCUUCGUACCGGGGUCCGGCCGGGGCCCUGGCUCUGGCUCUGGCCUGGGCAGUCCUGGGGCCGCUGUCCAUCAGGGUCCAGGCUGGGGACUGCAAGGGGCAGCGGCAGGUGCUGCGGGAGGCGCCGGGCUUCGUGACGGAUGGUGCGGGCAACUACAGCGUCAAUGGCAACUGCGAGUGGCUGAUCGAGGCCCCCAGCCCCCAGCACCGCAUCCUGCUGGACUUCUUCUUCCUGGACACGGAGUGCACCUACGACUACCUGUUCGUGUACGACGGCGACUCUCCUCGCGGCCCCCUGCUCGCCAGUCUCAGCGGGAGCACCCGGCCGCCCCCCAUCGAGGCCUCCUCGGGCAAGAUGUUGCUCCACCUCUUUAGCGAUGCCAACUACAACCUGCUGGGCUUCAAUGCCUCCUUCCGCUUCUCCCUGUGCCCGGGGGGCUGCCACGGCCGCGGCCAGUGCCGGCCUCCGGGACUGUGCGAGUGUGAGCCCGGCUGGGGGGGCCCGGACUGCAGCCUGCCGGAGUGCUCGGCCUACUGCGGCAGCCACGGCACCUGCGCCUCGCCGCUGGGCCCGUGCCUGUGCGAAGCUGGCUUCCUGGGGCGCGCCUGUGACCUGCACUUGUGGGGGAACCAGGGGGCCGGCUGGUGGCACAACGUCAGCGCCGGGGACCCCGCCUUCUCCGAGCGGGUCGGAGCAGCCGGCGCCUUCCUGUCCCCGCCAGGGCUGCUGGCCGUGUUUGGAGGCCAGGACCUCAACAGGGCCCUGGGCGACCUCGUUCUGUACAACUUCUCCGCCAACACCUGGGAGCGCUGGGACCUGAGUCCUGCUCCGGCCGCUCGGCAUUCCCAUGUGGCCGUGGCCUGGGCUGGUUCCCUGGUGCUGAUGGGUGGUGAGCUGGCCGAUGGCUCGCUCACCAACGACGUGUGGGCCUUUAGUCCACCCGGUGGAGGCCACUGGGAGCUUCUCGCCCCACCUGCCUUCAGCUCCACGGGGCCCCCGGGCCUGGCAGGCCACGCGGCUGCCCUGGUGGACGAUGUGUGGUUGUACGUGUCCGGUGGCCGCACCCAGCAUGACCUGUUUUCCUCCGGCCUGUUCCGUUUCCGCCUGGACAGCACCAGUGGGGGCUACUGGGAGCAGGUGAUCCCAGCAGGUGGGCGUCCUCCUGCUGCCACUGGCCACUCCAUGGUGUUCCACGCCCCCUCCCGUGCCCUGCUGGUCCACGGGGGACACCGGCCCUCCACAGCCCGGUUCUCUGUGCGGGUGAACUCCACCGAGCUCUUCCAUGUGGAUCGGCGUGUGUGGACCACCCUGAAGGGCCGGGACGGGCUUCAGGGCCCGCGGGAGAGAGCCUUCCACACGGCCAGUGUCCUGGGCAACUACAUGGUGGUCUACGGGGGCAACGUGCACACGCACUACCAGGAAGAGAAGUGCUACGAAGACGGGCUCUUCUUCUACCACCUGGGCUGCCACCAGUGGGUGUCGGGGGCGGAGCUUGCCCCGCCAGGAACCCCGGAGGGCCGGGCGGCGCCCCCGGGCGGGCGGUACUCGCACGUGGCAGCGGUGCUGGGCGGCAGCGUCCUGCUGGUGGCCGGGGGCUACAGCGGCCGGCCUCGAGGGGACCUGAUGGCCUACAAGGUGCCCCCCUUCGUGUUCCAGGCACCUGCCCCAGAUUACCACUUGGACUACUGCUCCAUGUACACGGACCACAGCGUCUGCUCGCGAGACCCCGAAUGCAGCUGGUGUCAGGGGGCCUGCCAGGCCGCACCCCCUCCCGGGACCCCGUCAGGGGCUUGUCCAGCGGCCAGCUGCCUGGGCCUGGGCCGCCUGCUGGGUGACUGCCAGGCCUGCCUGGCCUUCAGCAGCCCCGCCACCCCUCCCCGGGGGCCCGGCGCCCUGGGCUGGUGCGUGCACAAUGAGAGCUGCCUCCCCCGGCCCGAGCAGGGCCGCUGCCGAGGGGAGCAGAUCUCGGGCACCGUGGGCUGGUGGGGGCCGGCGCCCGUCUUCGUCACCUCCCUGGAGGCCUGCGUCACCCAGAGCUUCCUCCCUGGCCUGCACCUGCUCACCUUCCAGCAGCCGCCCAAUGCCUCCCAGCCGGACAAGGUCUCAAUUGUCCGCAGUACGACAAUCACCCUGACGCCCAGCCCAGAGACGGACGUGUCCUUGGUCUACCGUGGCUUCAUCCACCCGCUGCUGCCGGGCGGGCCGGGCGGGCCGGGGGCCGACGAUGUGGCUGUGUGGGCCCGGGCGCAGCGCCUGCACGUACUGGCCCGCAUGUCCCGCGGCCCGGACACCGAGAACAUGGAGGAGGUGGGGCGCUGGGUGGCCCAGCAGGAGAAGGAGACCCGGAGGCUGCAGCGCCCCGGCUCCGCUCGCCUCUUUCCCGUGCCUGGGCGAGGCCACAAGUAUGCAGUGGAGAUCCAGGGCCAGCUCAACGGCUCAGCGGGCCCUGGGCACAGCGAGCUCACUCUGCUGUGGGAUCGGACGGGAGUGCCAGGUGGCAGCGAGAUCUCCUUCUUCUUCCUGGAGCCCUAUCGCUCCUCCGCCUGCGCCUCCUACUCCUCCUGCCUGGGCUGCCUGGCUGACCAGGGCUGCGGCUGGUGUCUCAGCACUGCGACCUGCCACCUGCGCCAGGGAGGGGCCCACUGCAAGGAUGACCGGGCCGGCGGGUCCCUGCUCGUUCUGGUGCCUGCCCUUUGCCCGCUCUGUGAGGAGCAUCGCGACUGCCACGCCUGUACCCAGGACCCCUUUUGCGAGUGGCACCAGAGCACCAACCGCAAGGGAGAUGCAGCGUGCAGCCGGCGGGGCCGAGGUCGGGGCGCCCUGAAGAAUCCAGAAGAGUGUCCCCCACUCUGCAGCCAACGUCUGACCUGUGAAGACUGCCUGGCCAACUCCAGCCAGUGUGCCUGGUGCCAGUCCACCCACACCUGCUUCCUGUUUGCCGCCUACCUGGCGCGGUACCCACACGGAGGCUGCCGCGGCUGGGAUGACAGCGUGCACUCGGAGCCGCGGUGCCGCAGCUGUGGCGGCUUCCUGACUUGUCACGAGUGCCUGCAGAGCCACGAGUGCGGCUGGUGCGGCAACGAGGACAACCCCACCCUGGGCCGGUGCCUCCAGGGGGACUUCUCAGGGCCCCUGGGUGGGGCAAACUGCUCCCUGUGGGUGGGGGAAGGCCUGGGGCUCCCUGUAGCCCUCCCCGCCCGCUGGGCUUACGCCCGCUGUCCAGACGUGGACGAGUGCCGCCUGGGCCUGGCCCGUUGUCACCCGAGGGCCACCUGCUUGAACACGCCUCUCAGCUACGAGUGUCACUGCCAGCGUGGCUACCAGGGCGACGGCGUCUCGUACUGCAACCGCACGUGCCUGGAGGACUGUGGUCACGGUGUAUGCAGUGGUCCCCCGGAUUUCACCUGCGUGUGUGACCUGGGCUGGACAUCCGACCUGCCCCCGCCCACCCCUGCUCCGGGACCCCCUGCCCCCCGUUGCUCCCGAGACUGUGGUUGCAACUUUCACAGUCACUGCCGCAGGAGGGGGCCUGGUUUCUGUGACGAGUGUCAGGACUGGACGUGGGGGGAGCACUGUGAACGGUGCCGGCCCGGCAGCUUUGGCAACGCCACGGGCUCCGGCGGCUGCCGGCCCUGCCAGUGCAACGGGCAUGGGGACCCACGCCGCGGCCACUGCGACAACCUCAGCGGGCUCUGCUUCUGCCAGGACCACACCGAAGGCGCCCAUUGCCAGCUCUGCUCCCCAGGCUACUAUGGGGAUCCCCGGGCCGGUGGCUCUUGCUUCCGGGAGUGUGGGGGCCGUGCCCUCCUCACCAACGUGUCCUCCGUGGCUCUGGGCUCCCGCCGGUUUGGAGGGCUGCUGCCUCCGGGUGGUGGGGCAGCGAGAGCUGGGCCUGGCCUGUCCUACUGUGUGUGGGUCGUCUCAGCCACGGAGGAGCUGCAGCCCUGCGCCCCUGGGACCCUCUGCCCCCCACUCACCCUCACCUUCUCCCCGGACAGCAGCACCCCCUGCACGUUGAGCUACGUCCUGGCCUUUGAUGGAUUCCCACGCUUCCUGGACACUGGCGUCGUUCAGUCCGACCGCAGCCUCAUAGCUGCCUUCUGUGGUCAGCGGCGGGACAGGCCCCUCACUGUGCAGGCCUUGUCUGGGCUGCUCGUGCUGCACUGGGAGGCCAACGGCUCCUCAUCUUGGGGCUUCAAUGCUUCGGUGGGCUCCGCCCGCUGUGGGUCAGGGGGCCCGGGGAGCUGCCCUGUCCCCCAGGAGUGUGUGCCCCAGGAUGGGGCCGCCGGUGCUGGGCUUUGCCGGUGCCCCCAGGGCUGGGCUGGCCCCCACUGCCGCAUGCCUCUGUGUCCUGAGAAUUGCAACGCUCACAACGGGGCCGGGAUCUGUAACCAGAGCCUGGGCGUGUGCAUCUGUGCUGAGGGCUUUGGAGGCCCAGACUGUGCCACGAAGCUGGACGGUGGACAGUUGGUCUGGGAGACAGUCAUGGACAGCCGCCUCUCAGCUGACACCGCGAGCCGCUUCCUGCACCGCCUGGGACACACAAUGGUGGAGGGACCGGAUGCCACCUUGUGGAUGUUUGGAGGCCUGGGCCUACCCCAGGGGCUGCUGGGAAACCUGUACAGGUAUUCAGUGAGUGAGCGGCGGUGGACACAGAUGCUGGCCGGAGCGGAGGACGGCAGCCCGGGCCCAUCCCCCCGCUCCUUCCACGCGGCCGCCUACGUACCUGCUGCCCGUGGAGCUAUGUACCUGUUGGGGGGUCUCACGGCUGGGGGUGUCACUCGUGACUUCUGGGUCCUUAACCUCACCACUCUGCAGUGGCGGCAAGAAAAGGCCCCUCAGAACAUGGAGUUGCCAGCCGUUGCUGGUCACACCCUUACUGCCCGCCGAGGCCUGUCUCUGCUCCUGGUGGGUGGCUACUCCCCGGAAAACGGCUUCAAUCAGCGGUUGCUGGAGUACCAGCUGGCCACUGGCACCUGGGUUUCCGGAGUCCAGAGUGGGACACCCCCAACAGGUCUCUACGGUCACUCUGCCGUCUACCACGAGGCCACCGACUCCCUGUACGUGUUCGGGGGCUUCCGUUUCCACGUGGAGCUGGCGGCCCCGUCGCCGGAGCUCUACUCCCUACACUGUCCCGAUCGCACCUGGAGCUUGCUGGCCCCUUCUCAGGGGGCAAAGCCCCGCCCCCGGCUCUUCCACGCUGCCGCCCUGCUAGGGGACACUAUGGUCGUGCUCGGCGGGCGUUCGGAUCCUGACGCGUUCAGCAGUGAUGUUCUGCUCUACCAGGUCAACUGCAAUGCCUGGCUCCUGCCCGACCUCACCCGCCCGGCCUCUGUGGGGUCCCCGAUGGAGGAGUCUGUGGCCCAUGCAGUGGCAGCAGUGGGGAGCCGCCUGUAUAUCUCUGGAGGAUUUGGGGGAGUGGCCCUGGGCCGUCUGCUGGCACUGACCCUGCCCCCUGACCCCUGCCGCCUGCUGCCCUCAUCUGAAUCUUGUAACCAGUCAGGGGCCUGCACCUGGUGCCAUGGUGCCUGCCUGUCCGGGGACCAGGCCCACAGGCUAGGCUGUGGGGUACCCCCCUGCGCCCCAAUGCCUCGCUCCCCCGAGGAGUGUCGAAGACUGCGGACCUGCAGCGAGUGCCUGGCCCGCCAUCCCCGGACCCUGGAGCCUGGAGAGGGAGAGGCGUCUGCGCCCCGCUGUAAGUGGUGCACCAACUGCCCCGAGGGAGCCUGCAUCGGGCGCAAUGGGUCCUGCACCUCGGAGAACGACUGUCGGAUCAACCAGCGGGAGGUCUUCUGGGCCGGGAACUGCUCCGAGGCCGCGUGCGGGGCCGCAGACUGCGAGCAGUGCACGCGGGACGGCAAGUGCAUGUGGACGCGGCAGUUCAAGAGGACGGGGGAGACGCGCCGCAUCCUCUCGGUGCAGCCCACCUAUGACUGGACGUGCUUUAGCCACUCUCUGUUGAACGUGUCCCCGAUGCCAGUGGAGUCGUCCCCACCCCUGCCCUGCCCCACCCCCUGCCACCUCCUCUCCAACUGCACCUCGUGCCUGGCCUCCAAGGGUGCUGACGGAGGCUGGCAGCACUGCGUGUGGAGCAGCAGCCUCCAACAGUGUCUGAGCCCCUCCUACCUGCCCCUGCGCUGCAUGGCUGGAGGCUGUGGGCGGCUGCUGCGCAGCCCCGAGAGUUGCUCCCUGGGCUGCGCUCAGGCCACCCAGUGUGCCCUGUGCCUGCGACGCCCGCACUGCGGCUGGUGUGCCUGGGGCGGCCAGGAUGGAGGAGGCCACUGCGUGGAGGGCGGCCUCAGCGGCCCCCGUGACGGGCUGACAUGUGGACGUCCUGGGGCAUCCUGGGCUUUCCUGUCCUGUCCCCCUGAGGAUGAGUGUGCAAACGGGCACCACGACUGCAACGACACCCAGAACUGCCACGACCAGCCCCACGGCUACGCGUGCACGUGCAAGACUGGCUACACCCCGGACAACAUGACGGGCCUGUGUCGUCCCGUGUGUGCCCAGGGCUGUGUCAAUGGCUCCUGUGUGGAGCCCGAUCACUGCCGCUGUCACUUCGGCUUUGUUGGCCGCAACUGCUCCACGGAGUGUCGCUGCAACCGCCACAGCGAGUGUGCUGGUGUGGGGGCCCGGGACCACUGCCUGCUGUGCCGCAACCACACUAAGGGCAGCCACUGUGAGCAGUGCCUCCCACUGUUUGUGGGUUCAGCUGUGGGUGGUGGGACCUGCCGGCCCUGUCACGCCUUCUGUCGGGGCAACAGCCACGUAUGCGUCUCCAGGAAGGAGCUGGAAAUGGCCAGGAGAGAGCCAGAGAAGUAUUCACUGGAUCCUGAGGAGAUCGAGAGCUGGGUGGCCGAGGGGCCCAGCGAGGACGCAGCCGUGUGUGUGAACUGUCAGAACAACAGCUACGGCGACACGUGCGAGAGCUGCCUGCACGGCUUCUUCCUGCUGGACGGGAAGUGCACCAAGUGCCAGUGUAACGGCCACGCGGACACCUGCAACGAGCAGGACGGGACGGGCUGCCCGUGUCAGAACAACACCGAGACGGGCACGUGCCAGGGCAGCUCCCCUAGUGACCGUCGAGACUGCUACAAGUACCAGUGCGCCAAGUGCCGAGAGUCAUUCCACGGGAGCCCGCUGGGCGGCCAGCAGUGUUACCGUCUCAUCUCGGUGGAGCAGGAGUGCUGCCUCGACCCCACGUCCCAGACCAACUGCUUCCAUGAGCCCAAGCGCCGGGCACUGGGCCCUGGCCGCACCGUGCUCUUCGGCGUGCAGCCCAAGUUCACCAACGUGGACAUUCGCCUGACACUGGACGUGACUUUUGGUGCUGUGGACCUCUACGUCUCUACCUCCUACGACACCUUUGUGGUCCGCGUGGCCCCGGACACAGGCGUCCACACCGUGCACAUCCAGCCACCUCCAGCCCCGCCACCUCCCCCGCCCCCCGCAGAUGGCGGGCCCAGGGUGGCUGGCGACCCAGGGGCUCUGGGCGCCGGCAGUGGGCCAAGCACCCCAGUGGAGCCUCGGAUCCGGGAGGUGUGGCCCCGAGGCCUGAUCACCUAUGUGACCGUCACCGAACCUUCUGCAGUGCUGGUGGUCCGCGGCGUGCGGGACCGCCUGGUGAUCACCUACCCGCACGAGCACCACGCCCUCAAGUCCAGCCGCUUCUACCUGCUGCUGCUGGGAGUGGGCGACCCCAGCGGCCCGGGGGCCAACGGCUCCGCCGACUCGCAGGGCCUGCUCUUCUUCCGGCAGGACCAGGCGCACAUCGAUCUGUUUGUCUUCUUCUCCGUCUUCUUCUCCUGCUUCUUCCUUUUCCUGUCACUGUGCGUGCUCCUCUGGAAAGCCAAGCAGGCCCUGGACCAGCGGCAGGAGCAGCGCAGGCACUUGCAGGAGAUGACCAAGAUGGCCAGCCGACCCUUUGCCAAAGUCACCGUCUGCUUUCCCCCAGACCCUGCCGGGCCAGCCCCUGCCUGGAAGCCAGCGGGGCUCCCGCCGCCUGCUUUCCGCCGCUCCGAGCCCUUCCUGGCGCCUUUGUUGCUGACCGGGGCUGGGGGGCCCUGGGGACCCAUGGGCGGGGGCUGCUGUCCUCCAGCCAUCCCUGCCACCACGGCUGGCCUUCGGGCCGGACCCAUCACCCUCGAGCCCACGGAAGAUGGUAUGGCCGGUGUGGCCACGCUGUUGCUCCAACUCCCCGGAGGGCCCCACGCGCCCAACGGCGCCUGCCUGGGGUCGGCCCUGGUCACGCUGCGGCACAGGCUGCAGGAGUACUGUGGGGGCGGCGGGGGCGCGGGGGGCGGCGGGCACGGGGCGGGGGCAGGCCGGAAGGGACUGUGGAGCCAGGACAACCUCACCAGCAUGUCCCUCUGACCUGCCGAGGGCCCCGCUCCACUCUUACACUCUUAACCACGUCGCCCGGUGUGGCCACCCUGGACUGGAGUCCCCCCCUCCCCCAACACUCAGAGACGUGUGGCUCUCCUUCCCCGGGACCCCUCCCUCGUUCCGCAUUCAUCAGCUAUUUAUUGGAACUACUGCUUCGUGCCGGGCACAGCCGCGGGCACAGAGCAAGACAGGAGGUGAGAGAGGAGGUUCCCUGGCAGAGUUUGUGGAAGGGGACGCACACGCGCGCGCGCGCACACACACAGGGUAGUUUCAAGGAGGAUGAAAAUGUUGGCGACGUUCCGACAGGAUGUGGCAGUCAGGAACCUGGGGGUCAAAUCAGCCGGGCCUACCGAGAUCGAGCAAGACUGAGCAGGACAAGAACUUUCCUAGCGACGAGUUUAGUUUUUGGAAAGGAAUUCCAAGCAGAGGGAAUGGCAAGGUUAGCUCUCCGGCGUCUGGAAUCCGUUUAUUUAUUGCAAGGACCAGAAGCCUGCUCAUUUCCAGGCCGAAGCGAGGCAGGACCCUGUGGGUCCUAGAGUUUGGAGUUUUAUUCUCAGGACCGUGGGAAGCUGUUGGGUGGCCCUGUAGGGAGAGACCAGUGCCCGUCUGAGCAGCCCCGCAGCUCGGGAGGGGAGAAUGACUUCGAGAGCAGGAGGGGCUGCCCGGGUGUGGCGGUGGUGGCCCAGGGGGGCAGGGGAUGGUCAGGGCCACAUGCAGGAUGAGUGCCAGGAUGUGGUGAUGGUGCGGGUGUCAGCGUGAGGAAGACGAUGUAUCCCAGGUGACCUCACUCCAUGGGGCCUGUGCGCCUGCGCAGCCUUGCGUGCCUGCAUCACCUUGUGCGUCUGGCUUACGUGGGACCCGGAGAUUCCAACAUGGGUCCUUAGGCUUCGCAGGCAAGCGCCUUAACCUCUAAGCCAUCUGUCCAGCCCAGGGGUACUUACUGGGGUGGGGCUAGUGGCGAAGAUGGCAGAGUCCAGUUUGGGCAGAAAAAUACCCCGUGGGCAUCCCCAGUCGGGUCUGGCCGAGGGUGCGCGGGGCACCUCCGUGAGUGUUUCAGCCGCAGGGAUUGGUAGUGGUGGCGAGGACCGUGGCUGAGAAGGUACCAGCCGAUGUGCCCUCACCCGGGGGGCGAGUGGGAGCAGAUGGCUGCCGCUCUCUGCCCUGGAUCAAGGGGCAAAGCUCGGUGGCUUGAGACCACGGUAAGUCAGAAAGUUCAGGCUUGUUUGAAGGGAGCCCCAGGGGAGAGAAAUCUGCCUGAAAGCCCCCCCAAACCUGACCCCAGGGCAGCGUGGGGUGUCACUGGCCAGUUGUCAGCGCUGCCCCCAGACUUCAGCGCUCUCCCCACACCCACCCGAGUUUUGGGUUUCCGAGCUAGUCUACCCACAGCCCCCCAAUCCUAGACCGCUUCCUGAACUUGGGGAUCCCCCAAGGCUCCAGCUCCCAGCUGCUGCAUUGGUCCUGGGUGUGGGGCUGGGGGGGAAUCCCAGUCCGAGAAGCCCCUCCCUGGGUGCACGAAAGCGCGGCAGGGCCACGUCUGCAGGGCAGGAGGGGAGCGGCCGGAGGAGCAAAUAAAGCCUGUGGGAAGA